UUCAUUGGCACGGAGACGAGCAUGCUGCCGAUGACAAGUUAGAUGAUGAAGCGGGAGAAAAUGGAAGCCGCGCGGUUAGACGGGAUACACGUAUCGAACAUAAUUGCCAGCUGCGCCAAGUGUGGCACCUGUCAGGCACCUGGUCAUGGUGACAGACUGGUUGUUCGGCACCAGUGCUGGUCUUCCCCUCACUGCAUCCAACGUACGCAUUUUGAAGAACACGACCCUUUGAAAUAAAGAUUAAAAUAAAUACCACGUAUUUCAUCGACUUUUACUAUUACAACAUAACAUCCAGACAAAUACUUAGAUUGAACGCAGCCAGCCGUGUUAAAUUCUUACCCAUAAUCCCCUCGGAACUACAAGUGUUCAACAGUAGUCAGUUCAGCAUAAAGACAUAUCGCUCACUCCGUCGAAAACCUAGAUAUCCCCCGAUUCAUCAAGAAAAAGCACAAUGUACAUCUGAUGCCUCAUCGAGAUAAUCACUGGGCAAAUCUAUGCCUCACGGCAAGCGAGGCUAGGGCUUAUCAGCCACCAGUAGCCGCAGCCUUGUCUUGCCAAACUUCUCCAACCGCGGCAUAAGCUGACAGCAUACAAUUUUCAACCUUAAAACGCAACGCCCAACAUGGAAAAAAGGUCGGCAGCGCGCUCUGCGCAGUACGGCCAAGCGUGCAUGGCAUGCUUUAAGAUAAAGUGUCGCUGUGUUCCCCGCGAGGAUGGUCACGGUUGCGAAAGAUGUCAUCGGCUUAAGAAGCCGUGCCAGGCGGCUGAUGAGCUUCGUCGACGACCAGAGCGGAAACAGAGCUCUGAUGACCGCAUCGCCAAACUCGAGGACACCCUUGGCCAACUGGUCUCGAUGCUGCAAGCCAACAAUGUCCCCAUGAACACUGUCAGCAACUCGUUACCUGUGGAGGCAGUGUAUAGUGAUACACAUACAAUAACACCACCCCAUAACGCCGAAUUAGCACCACGUAACGCCCCCUCACCUGCAAUAGCUACUGCCAAGGCAUCGUGGGCUCCUUCGGCCGUUGACGAAACUUCGCCACAGCCUAUUUCUAACCUAUCCUUGCUCGACUCGUUUCGUGAAAGGAAGCUACACCAUUGCCCAUUCAUACAGAUUCCACCAGGCUCAUCAUCAGAGCAGCUACAGCAAGAUCGGCCGUUUGUUCACAGCGCGAUUGUGUGUGUAAUGGCAUCGUCCACAGCAGAAAAGCGCGCCAAGGCAAUCGACUUGAAACGCCGGCUAUCUCGUGAAAUCACUCUCCAACAACCGCAAAGACAAAAGCUCGAUCUGCUAGUCGGCCUUCUCAUCUACAUCGCCUGGGGCUGGGAGAACCUACUUAACGGGGGCAAUACGUCACAUCUGAUGAUGAUAGCCACAUCGCUAGCCAGUGACAUGUGUCUGGACCGCGCUCCCAAGCCAACAAAUAGCUUCUUUGACCCAGCCGGCUUUCAGAACUGGCAAGCUGCUGAUCGAUCCGAUGCGCGGUUCUUACUUGAGCGUCAACGGGCAGUACUAGGCUGCUUCAUUGUCGGCUCGGCAGUCUCGACCUACUUUUCACAGAUGGAUCUACCGCGGUGGUCGCCAAUCCUAGAAGACUGUUUAUCUGGGGUGACGAGUAGCAGUGCAAACCCAGAAUCUCGGUCCGACGGUACGCUAUAUUUUCAAGCACAGCUCCAGUUCCUAGCUCUCAAAGCGUUUGAGACCUGUGACCGUGCCCAUCUCCCACAAGAGGCAUCUGGGGCGCUACCAGAGUCUUCUCUACGGUACAUCAAGUCCCUCAUGGUGCAACUUCAAAGUCUUCGGGGAGUGAUCCCGCCUGAAUUCCAGUACACUGUUUUCCCCCUCGUACACACGUACUAUGCAGAGCUACGCAUCAUCGAGGCCGUCCACACUCAGGAAAUCGCCAACGCACCACCUACAAACGGCCCCAAGCGCCUCUGGUACUUUUGGCAGUCGGCUCUGGCGAUCAAGUCGUGCACGUCGACGUUCCUAACGCUGUCACCAGCAGAGAUACUCGGUAUCUCCAUCGUCCAAUGGAGUCAGUUGGUCGGGUGCAUUGCAACGCUGCGCAACCUGUGCGCGCUAGGCGAGUUGGGCUGGGACCUGAGUGCGGUGCGGCGACUAGUCGAUCUGCCCUCGCUGGUGGCUAGUACGGCAGAGAAGCUAGAUCUUGCGGCGCGUGAGGCGGGCGAAGGAUCAGAUGGAGCGUUUGCACAGCUAGCUAGAGGUAUGGCUGCAUUUGAUGCAGGUGAGAGUGGGAUGGUGGUAGAGAUGGAGAGUGGUGGUUCGGAUAUAUUCAGCGAGGAGGAGUACUCGACAAAUCCGACCUUGUGGAUGGACAGGUUUCUAUUUGAUGCUGCUGAAGCGGUAUAGACCUUUGCGCUGGCAUAUGGAGUAUAUAGGGAAAACAAAAGCAAGAAUUUCAACAUAACAAUGCACAUGGUACCACACAGCCACUCACAAAAGUUGGAUGGAUUAAGUAUCACAUCACAUGGUAAUCGUGCGCGGAUUGCAAGUAAAAUAACUGUGAAGUCGUAGUAGUAUUAACUGUAAUGAAUCUUUGAAGCAAUGCUUGCGCCUGUAAACGUCUAAAAUAGCAACCAUGCAAAAUAGCGUGUUCCCUCCUCCAUGUAUAUACCAAUCCCCCUGUUUAUAUUCAUCCUCACAGUGCGCUCCCCUGUCACCCAACCCAAAAAAACGGCCCCCCAAGAUCUACCAAGUCUCGGCAAUAUACUGGCCCGCCUCCUUCUUGAGGUCCCAGAAGUUCUGAGCCUCUUCCUUCUCCAGGUUACCCUUGGACAUGGCCACCGAGACAAGCGCCUCUUCAACGCCCUCGCCCAUGCCCUUUGAGCUACCACAGACAAAGACGCGGCCAUCCACCGCAUUAAUAAUAUACCACACAAGAUCAGCCUGGUUGAGGACCUCCUCCUGCACAUAGCGGCCCUCACCACGCCUGCUCUGGACAACCUUCUUGACCUCGUCCUCGUGGACGCCCCAUUCGCCGCUGUAGAUUUCGUCGACAAGCGAGUCACGGAUGCCCUGGAGGACCCAGACCUUGUUUGCGCAGUUUGCCUUUUUCAAGCGGCGCUGGACGAAGCCACGGAACGGCGCAAUGCCGACACCCGCGCCAAUGAGCAGCAUGGGCCCGUCGGCGUUGAACUCCUUGGCGAGCGGGUUGGCCAUGAGGCCCUUGAACAUGGGGAUGUAAAACGACUUGUCCUUCUCGCCGGCGGCCUGGGCGCGCAGGAAGUUGCGGGCCUGGCGCUCAAAGAAGCCGGAGCCAACGCCGGUACGGCACCCACGGCGCCAAUCGGUCGUCUCGUGCACGGUGACGGCAAUCUCAAUAAGGCGGUGCUGCGAGCGGUCGCGGAUCUGGUACGACUCGUGCGGGUCGUUGGAGAGCGAGUAGAAGCGCGGCAUGAGCUGCGACAGCACCGACAACAGCUCCUCGAGCGACGGCUGCGAGCUGGGGAAGGCAUGCAGCAUUUGCGAGACGCUAAUGUGCGGGCCGGCACGGAAGCUGGAGAAGGUGUUUUUGCCCUCGGCCGAGCACAGAUAAUUCAGAAUCUUGCGCUCAUUGUCGGCCGUGGCGUGCUCGGCCAGCAGACGCACGAGCUGCAGCGUGGGUGGGUAUGACUGCAGGUCGGUGCACCAGGUAAGCAGGUCGCGGCGCGUAGUGAGCAGUUCGCGGGGCUUCUCGUCGCCCCAGACUGUCGGCCAGCGGCCCCCCGUGGUGCAGAGAAGAACGGGCUUGUCGCGGACGAAGCGGGGCACGAGGAGGGUGUCGAAGAUGUCGUCGACGGUGCUGUCGCAGUUGGGGGCGACGACGCCAAUAGCGCCGCCGACCUUGAACUCAGUGGCCUCUUCGUGGGGGUAGUCGGUGAUGUCGAGGUCGAAGUGGUAUGUGCGCUUCUCGGCGCCGGGUUUGGUCAGCUCGCGGGCUGUGUGAAUCUUGGCGGGGUAUGUGUAGAAUGGCGGGUGAGGCUGCACAAACUUGGGCGGCUGGAUGCUCGUGUCGACGGCCUGCAUGUGCUGCUCGAGAAUAGACUUUGUCAGGGGGCCGUCAAUCAGCUGGUCCGAGUCGGAGGAGCCGCCGAGAGACACGGCCGAGUCGCUCGGUGACGGGAUGGUCUCGGGGCGGGGGAUGGCCUUGAAGAAGACGGUCUGCUUGGGGAGGUCGGCAAUCUUGGUCAGCUUGGUGGGGAUCUCGCCAAUGGUGAGCUCCAGCUGCUGGAAAGCGUCGUUUUCGGGGACUGUCACUCGCUCAAAGGUGAUAUCGUUGCGGUCUGUCAAGCAGCAGCCGCCACCGCAGCAGCGGCCGACAAACUCGGCGGUGCUCUCGCCGGUGAUGCGGCGAAUGUCGCGGGCAUUCUGGGCAAUCAGCCUUGUAGAAGCCCGUCGUUGGCGCGGGGCAUGGACUCGCAGCGGCUCAUCAGCAUCGUCUGACUCUGACGAGUAGGUCAGCGAGGGCGCAAUGGUGGGUGCAGGCUCGCUAGGGAUGCAGUCCCGUGUCGAGUCGACCAGGCCCUGAACACCAGAGUCUUCUGUGAUCAAUCCGACCAUUGUGUAUGAGAUAAUAGGGUUUUAUAUCGUUUCGUAUCGUCGCAGGAUACGCUGCAGCCUUCCAAGUCUCCGUGGGUGGUGUUGGAGGAGGCUCAGGUACUCAUGCAGCAAGGGUGAUGGUUGAGCCGAUCAGAUUAGAGAAGAGAAAAAAGUUUGGGUGGGAGGCCGGAAUCGCCGUUUGUGUUUCGUGUUUCUGGCCAGCAGUGAUGUGCAAUUUCUGUUUUGCGUUUCUUUUCUCGACGAUAGCAGUAGCUUGUAUGCUGUCUACUUUUAAAGCCUGUGACAGGAGAGAAGAAGAUGUGAAGCAAGAGAAGCGUGGGGGGAAGAGAAGUUGGGGGAAUUAAAAAUGUUGUUGGCGUUUCCCGCCGAGGUCGUGGCCGCUGCAAGGCCCACGGGGAGGCGAGGCGUGCUGUAGCG